ACUGACUACCGGUAUCAGUGACUACUAAAUAACUAUUAAGUUAUAUUGUUGUGACAUAUUUUGCAGAUACUAAAAGUAAUGGACGAUCCAAGCACAAAAGUGUUAAGACUGUCAAAAACCAAGAGCUGUAACUCACGUAAACCCCUGAUUUACUUUUUUCUUGUGAAACUCUAAAUGAUAACAUACAAUUCAAAUACCAUACCACUCAGCCACACCUGCCGCCUGGCCUUGGGGGAAGAGGGAAUAGUUUCACUCUCCACCACCUAAAGCAAUCAUUAAAGUUCCUCCCCCAUUCGUCCACAUAAAAGGAACAGGGGUCGUCUUCUCCUCACUCAUCCGCUCAUUCCUUCUCCAGCCAGAGCAGACAACGGCAGCAAGCCUUCCUUCAAAAAGAUGUCGUCUUCUUCCAUCCGCAGCUACAUGUCCUCAGGAGGAUCUUCUCGCGUCUCUGUCGCUGGUGGCGGAGCUGGUCGUAUCACAGCCAUGCGUGCCGGUAGUGUGUACGGAGGAGCUGGGGGAUUUGGGACACGUAUCUCCAGUGCCUCUUCUUCUCGUUCCUUCUCUGCUGGUGGUGGUGCUGGUGCUGGUUUUGGAGGUGGAUUCAACCUGUCUGAUGCCGUUGACGUGUCUGCAAAUGAGAAAGCCACCAUGCAAAACCUCAAUGACCGUCUGGCCUCCUACCUGGAGAAGGUGCGCUCCCUCGAGAAGGCCAACGCUGAUCUUGAGCUGAAGAUUCGCCAGUUUCUGGAGGGCAAGGCUACUCCUGCUGCUCGUGACUACAGCGCCUAUUAUGCUACGAUCAGUGACCUCCAGGCCAAGAUUCAGCAUGCCACUGGUGUAAAUGGAGGCAUCAUCUUGAGCAUUGACAAUGCCAAGCUGGCUGCAGAUGACUUCAGGGUCAAAUAUGAGAAUGAGCUGAGCAUGAGGCAGUCUGUAGAGGCAGAUAUUGCUGGCCUGAGGAAGGUGCUGGAUGAGCUGACAAUGGCCAGAUCUGAUCUGGAGAUGCAGAUUGAGGGUCUAAGAGAAGAACUGAUCUUCCUCAAGAAGAACCACGAGGAGGAACUCUUGGCGGCCCGUACCCAGGUGAGCGGACAAGUCAACGUAGAGGUAGAUGCAGCACCACAGGAAGACCUGACAAAGAUCAUGGCUGAAAUCCGUGAGCACUACGAGGCUGUUGCUAACAAGAACCGCAAGGAUCUUGCGGCCUGGUUCCAGGCUAAGAGCGAAGCCCUCAAUAAAGAAGUCGUUGCAAGCACAGAAACUAUCCAAACGUCCAGAUCAGAAAUCACAGAGCUUAAACGCACACUUCAGAGUCUUGAAAUCGAGCUUCAAUCACAGCUCAGUAUGAAAGCGUCGUUGGAAGGCACUUUGGCAGACACACAGGCCCGCUAUUCUGCCAUGUUGUCCAGCUACCAGUCGCAGGUGACUAGCCUGGAACAGCAGCUGGUGCAGCUUCGUGCUGAUCUGGAACGUCAAGGGCAGGAGUACCAGAUGCUUCUGGACAUCAAGACCAGACUGGAGAUGGAGAUUGCAGAGUACAGAAGACUGCUGGAUGGAGAGCUGCAAACUACAAGUGUCUCAACCACAAGCAAAAGCUCAACUACACGCAAAGUGGUAACCAUUGUGGAAGAGGUGGUGGAUGGCAAAGUGGUCAGUUCAACCUCCCAGUCUACAAGCCAAACAUCUUAAAACCACCUUUGAGCAAAAGCUUUUUGCAAAAGAGUGAUGAAAAGCCAAUAAACUGGUCUAACUGUGCAUUUUGGUGUUUGUCUUAUUUUGAUGUCAUUAGUACCGUAUAGCAUAAAAUCUGCUCCUAUUUAUGCAGUAUUUAUGAAAACCAAUAAUUAGCUGGCAUACUAAAACUACUAUCUUUGUUCAUAAACAAGGUGGCAUGACUUACUCAAAUAUUGCAAGCACUGGUAUAAACCAUUUAAAUAUAGUGACAUCUUAUUCAAAGUGUCAGUUACAGGCUUUUUGUCUUGUUUCUAGUCAAAUAUCAAAAAAUUUGUAAAUUAAGGUGCAUUUACUUUUUAAGGUGCAUUUACAUUUUUUAGAAAAAAUGACAUAAGAUAUUAAAAAAUUACUUUAAAUUGUAGUCCAUUACUGAUUUCAGAUUACAUGAUGAAAAUAGUUAAAAUAAUCUAGGUUACUAGAUUGUUAUAUUAAAUAUUUUAUACAGUGUUU